GCCAUAAACACGAGGAGAACUUUACCCAUAUCAGACUCACUAUGCAGAGGAGAUCAUCAAUCUACCCCAAGAUCUCAUCCACAAAACCACAAAACCCUUGUGCUCGUUUUUCAAAGGGCUUCAAUCGAUCUAAAUCGAGAUCUUUUCCAGGAGCCGAACCACCAAACACAAGGCAGAAUUUUCUAUCGCUUCAGAUUUGAACCGUAAACCAUCGGACCCACCAACCAUGUUAAACCACACUAACGCUCUCGGAAAUAACUCCGGGAGAGAAGUCGCCGUCAGCACGAAGGAACAGUGCAACGCGGAGCCAUAUACCGACCGUUCACCUUCAACGAAUAGGUGCAGCGUCGGAGCCAAAAGCCGACCAACCACUGAGGAAAGUGCUUCGCCGGAAGAGCCCAAUCAAGGGCAGAGUUUUACUGGUUUCAUCUCAUCACUUCUCUCUGUAAAAGAUACGUGAGAGAGAACAGAGAAGAAGGAGAGAGAAUCCUUUUUAUUUUGUGUGCCUAAAACAUUAACAAGAAUUAUCUUUCUAAUUCUAGGGUUCUUUAGCAAUAUUAUUAUUUUACCUUUUUUGGUAAAGUAUUGUUAGCUGCUCAAAAAAGGUAAAGUAUUGUUAUUUUACUUGUUUUGUCGUGAAUCUACCGAUUCAGCUUUAUGCUAAAUGGGUCAGCUUUAUGCUAGAAGGGGUUAUACAUGCACGUCGUUAUUUAGGUUGUGACUGUAUGUCACUUCUAGCGUAAAUAAUAAAAGUGAAAAACCUGUUACUCUCAUUUACUCUGAAAUUUCUCCAAUCACAGGUAAAAAAACAUUUCCACCUAUUUCCUCUAGUUACUGUUAUAGAAGAGUAAAACACACAGAUAAAUUUACUCUAUAUGUGUGUGAUUGGUAAAUAUAGCGUAAGUGAAAAUAAAUUAAAGUAGCUGAACUGAGUGAAAAAAAUGGAGAGUAAAUAAAAUAAAUAAGUGUCACAUCGAGCGUAACUGACAUUUCCACUUCAGAAACUAAGAGGAAAAUACAAAGAGAUUUACCUUCACUUAAACAGUAACCGGAGUAAAAGAAUAAAUUAAUAAUUAAAAUUUUUUCCACCUGAUUGGUAAGUUUAUGAACUGAAAGUGGAGUAACAUAUUUAUAACAAGAAUAUUAACGCUAUCGAUGACUUACAGUCAUACCCUAUCUUAAGCAAGAGUAAAUAUGUUUACUCUACUUUACUUUCUCUCCUAUUUUUAUUUUUCUACUUAUUUUCACCUUUUUAUUUUCCUCUCAUUUAAUCUAUUUUUUCCAAUCACACUCUUAACCUUUUGAAUAGUAAAUCUGCCAAAUGUGUAAGAGAUAGAAAAAUUAUCAAAGAAAAGAAGAACAAGGAUAAAACAAAAAUGGAAGAAAUAUCACCAUAAAGUUAAAAAAGAAAUAUAACCAUGACCACUUCUAUAAAGUUAUAGUCGAUGAAAGUUUGAAAAUAAUACAUUAUUCGUAUAUGCUAACAUCAACCAUGUCAUAUAAUUUUUACAUAGGUGUACUGUGUAAAAAUAUUAAUAAAUAGAUAAAAUGAACAUCAAGAAACAUGAAUCGCAAGGUGGGACCCAACUGGAUGGAUUGAUUUAAUAUCCAAACGUCUAUUGAAUACACGAACUAUCUUAAUGCAUCGAUGCUGAGAGCUAUUGCAGUUUUCGACGUAAUGAUGAUGAUUGUUUUCUUAGUCUCGGGAAUAAAAAAUUUACUUCUACACGUAAAUGAUGAUGCCUUUUCUCUAAUGCAUUGUAAAACCACCGGUCAAGAUUCAGGAAAAUCAAUAUAUUUAAUUUCUUCUACAUUAUAAUAAUUUACUUUUACACGUAAUGAUGAAGCCUUUUCUCUCUCUAAUGCACUGUAAAAUCAACUUCUCGAAAAUCAAUAUAUAUAUAAAAUUUCUUUAGUAUCUCAGUUUUGUCAUUAUUCUUGAGACUCUCCUCUAACGUCUAGGGGCACGUGGCGGCAUACAACGCGUAAGGUUACAGUGUACGGAGGCCAGCUGAUGCAGACGAGAGAAACCAGAGGUUAUUUUCAUACGUUGUCUCUCUCUCUCUCUCUCUCUCUCUCUCUCUCUCUCCGCUUCACAUUUUCGCAAAGAAAGGAUACAUUUUCUGAGAGCUGAAGAAAUGGAAGCUUGCAUGAAGAACACAGAUGACCAGAAGCAGCUCGGCUCUGAGAAAUCUCAAGGAGCUGAAGAGAUGGAAGCUAACAUGAAGAACACAGAUGCCCAGUUGCAGCUCGGCUCUGAGAGAGCUCAAGGGGACUUUGAAGAGCUUGAGAAGAUGGUCAAGCAUCUCGAGGAGGAAACUAAGAAUCUGAGAGAGCAGCUGACUCAGCGAGAACAGGUGAUGGUCGUUUUGAUGAGUGACCACGAGGUGAAACUUAGUGACCAAAAGAAGUUUAUGGAGCUGAAGCAAGAAAGUUGGAAGAUGGAAAGAAAUAAUUUUGUGAAGCAACUCAGUGACCUAAAGAAGAGCAUGGAGCUGAAGGAGGAAAGCUGGAUGAUGGAGAGAAGAGACCUUAAAGAACAGUUUGAGGAGCAACUGCAUGGACACAAGAUGAGCAUGGAGCUGAAGGAAGAAAGUUGGAAGAGGGAGCUAAAACACCUUGAAGAAGAGUUGGAGAAGCAGCACAAUGAACAAAACCAGAAGGAGGAAAGCUGGAAGAAGGAGGAAAGCAAGCUUCACAAACAGUAUGAAAAACUUCUUCAAGAAAACAGCAGCAACAUGGAAAAGAUUAGUGCAUAUCAGCAGCUUUACAGCAAGGAUAACGUGAUCACUGGAUCUCCACUGGAGAGAUUUCAAGGUCUUCUCCCCCUUUGGAUGACUAACGCUGUUGCUCCUAAAGGAUACAUAAGUGGAGACGAGCUGGGAGUACUUACAGCCAAUCUGAUCUCCAUCACAGCGCUGAUGGUGACUUUUGCCAACAGAGAAACCAAGAUCAUGUUUCCACUUGGAUUUAUGACCUCGUGUGGCACUGUUGUCGGCAGCAUGUUUAACAACAUCGUGACUAAGAUAUCUAUGGAUCCUGAUGCAAAAGUCCUGCCAACACUAAAAAAGUCAUUCAGUCAAGUUCCAUGGGUGUUGGCUGGAGCUAUGGUUCCACUGUUUGUGGGUGGGUUCAUAAAAGAUUGGGGAACAAGAUGUGCUGUUACUUCUGUUGCAACACUGGCUGUACAGGUAACAUCAGUGGGAGGAUGGAAAGCUUCCUAUGGAAUCAAACUUGGAACAGCUGCAUCGAUGGUUGGACUUGGAGUGAUUGGCAUAUUCCUUGCAGCAGGUCUUCCCCAAGUCAUUGAAAUGAUAGGAAAGAAGUGAAAUCAAGAGAGUUCGGUAAGAAAUAUAAUAUAAAUCUGAAUUUUAUAUUUGUAAAAGCUAUGUGAUCAAUUUGUUUAUUUGGGGUAAAAUUAUGCAGUAGUUAAUGAAUGGAGUGAGGUUGAGACUCGAAGUUGUCCGGUGGAACCAAGUGAAGCUCCUCCUCAUUGGCCUUUCUUAUCUUUCAUGUUUUGUUUGUUAAAAUCGUUCUCAAAAAAUUGUUAUCUUCUUUUUAGUUGCAAAUCAAUACUUUGAACUUCGAAGUGUUAACUUUCUUUUGGCAACAAUCAAUGCACUUAUGUGAGAAUUUUUGUUUCACUUGUCUGGGAAUAAACCUAUUCACGUGGAGUGAGAAUGCUUAUUGUCUCUCGCAUCCUCCACGUGUUUAGUAUAUGUGGAAGAUGAGAUUUGAGCAUGUUGGUUCAAAACCAUUCUGGUUUAGUCUUACGUAAUGUAUGGGACUGGCUAAAUAUAUUUGUUUUUUGAAACUGGGUGGCUAAAUAUUACACCGAUGUUAUAACUAAUCGACAAGAAUAUUUUAAUUAUUUAAAUCACUUAAAAUUUCUCUGUUUUCUCUCUUCGUACCAUUCACAGAGAAAAAGUUUCAUCACUUUCUUCCAUUCUUUUACCAUGAAUCGAAUUAUAUUUCGUUUAUAAAAUGAUAUUUUCUUUUGUAUUCUCUCCUUAUUCUCCAAUCAAUAUCUUAAUUCUUAUGUAUUAGAAAAUAAUCCAUACGUUUGAAAAUUAUAUAUUUUUCCUAUCUUUAUUCUUUAUUAUUCUGUUUAAAAUAUUAUCAGGGAUAUGAUAGUAACUAAUCGUACCAACUUUAAAAUUUUAUCCAUAUUCCCUUUCGAAUUAAUAUUUAUGAUAAUAAGAAAUAUUGUUUAACCGUAAUUGCCAGGAAAGAUAAAUAGAUAACCACAAGAUCAUUGAUGUAAAUUUCAUGUAUUUAACAGAGAGAAAAGAGAGACUGAUGAAGCAAAUUCCAUAAGAAAACAGAAAGAACGUAAUAAAAAUCAAGCAAAUAUUUAAAACCCACGUAUAGCCAGAAAAUAAAAAGAACUUCGAACGAUAAACCCUAUUAAGAGUAAAAGUCUAAAAGCUUUUCCCUAAUUCCUAUCACUAAAAAUACCUUGAUUUGCAAAGGUUAUGCUUUGCCUUGAUCGUUGUCCAUCAUUCAUGCUCUUGGGUUUAGAUUCAUGCUUUGAUAUUCAGAUGCACAAUUUCUUCAUCGUUCUCUUUACAUGCCCGCAACGAACAUUUAACACAAAUACAAGAACCGAAAA